UGCGCAGCCUCAAACGUUGAGGUGUUGAGAAGUGCAUGCGGGGUGAAUGAACAUGCCGGUUGCACUACCGGCCUUCUGGAAGGUGGCAGCUGUCGUUGGAUUAGUUGUUGGCAAAAAGGCUGGGAUCUACGCGCUGGGCAGGGCGUACGGCUAUCCAAGAGUGUACAGGAGGAUAUUAGAGUACAGCAAAAUGUCAAUCAGAGAUCAAAAUAGACGGAAAGGGCUGCAGCGAAGCGUCAAAUACGUAUUCCGAUUGCCGAAUAGAUCACUGGGACCUCUAAUCUGGGGACAGAAGUACCAAUCAAGAGGGCUGUAGAUACAUCAGACAUCCGACGUAGAAAACAAGUGAACGAGAUUUUUAUGCAACUGAUAGACGCGUGCAGCAGACCUACUGUAGUGCAAUAUUUGGUAGAGCAGAGGUGUUGUGUUCAUGAUUUAGAGAGCUUUCAAAUGCAUAGUGUACAUAAAUGAGACAAGCGCACUAAGCGUGACAAACAAGGUGAUUGAUUCA